GCUCGCCGUUCAUUGGCUUCCGCGCCGGAAGCUGUGGUACCGUCGAGCUGCGCACGCGCCCUUUCCCGUGCUCGGGAACCCCGCCUCCCGUGCUGGGGCCGGCUGUCACCAUGCUGCGGCGGUGUGCUCUCUGGGUGCUGCUGCGCACCCCGGCCCGCCGCGGCUGUCGCCGCUACGGUUCGUGCUCGCCCAGCGCUGGUGGCGACGCUGGGGAAGCGCGGGCCUACUUCACCACACCUAUCUUCUACGUGAACGCCGCGCCGCACAUCGGGCACCUGUACUCGGCGCUGCUGGCCGACGCCCUGUGCCGCCACCGUCGUCUCCGAGUUCCCGGCUUCGCGUCCACGCGGUUUUCCACCGGCACGGAUGAGCACGGCCUGAAGAUCCAGCAGGCGGCAGCCACCGCGGGCUUGGCCCCGAUCGAGCUGUGCGAUCGUGUGUCUGCCCAGUUCUUGCAGCUUUUCCGGGAGGCUGGAAUCUCCUCCACGGACUUCAUCCGCACCACGGAGGCUCGGCACCGUGUAGCGGUGCAGCACUUCUGGGGUGUGCUGGAGGCCCGGGGUCUGCUUUACAAAGGGAUCUAUGAAGGGUGGUAUUGCGCCUCGGACGAGUGCUUCUUGCCCGAGGCCAAGGUUACUCGGCAGGUGGGUCCGUCCGGGGAUCCGUGUCCUGUGUCUCUCGAGAGCGGACAUCCUGUCUCCUGGACCAAGGAAGAAAAUUAUAUUUUCAAGCUUUCUCAGUUUCGAGAACCACUCCAGCGGUGGCUUGGAAACAAUCCUCAGGCAAUCACACCGGAACCGUUCCAUCAGGCAGUUCUUCAAUGGCUGGAGGAGGAGCUGCCUGAUUUGUCCGUUUCUCGAAGGAGUAGCCAUCUACACUGGGGCAUUCCAGUUCCCGGGGACGACUCGCAGACCAUCUACGUGUGGCUGGAUGCCCUGGUCAACUACCUUACUGUAGUUGGCUACCCAGAUGCAGAUUUCAAGUCUUGGUGGCCAGCCACCUCUCAUAUCAUAGGUAAGGACAUUCUCAAAUUUCAUGCUAUUUAUUGGCCUGCCCUUCUCCUAGGGGCAGGUUUGAGGCCACCACAUCGCAUCUAUGUCCACUCGCACUGGACGGUGAGUGGCCAAAAAAUGUCCAAAAGCUUGGGUAACGUGGUGGAUCCCAGGACUUGCCUUGAUCGCUAUACUGUGGAUGGCUUUCGCUACUUUCUCCUUCGGCAGGGCGUUCCCAAUUGGGACUGCGAUUACUAUGAUGAAAAGGUGGUUAAAUUGCUGGACUCCGAGCUGGCAGAUGCCUUAGGAGGGCUUUUAAACCGGUGCACUGCCUCCAGAAUAAAUCCUUCUGGAACCUACCCAUCUUUCUGUGCUGCAUGUUUCCCCAGUGAGCCAGGAUUAACGGGGCCGUCAGUUCGUGUGCAGGCAGAAGACUAUGCGCUUGUAACUGCAGUGGCCACUUUACCCAAACUGGUAGCGGGCUAUUAUAAUGACUUUCAGAUCUAUAAGGCUCUGGAGGCGGUAUCCAGCUGUGUUCGGCAAACUAAUGGUUUCGUCCAAAGGCACGCACCAUGGAAAUUGACCUGGGAGAGCCCCGAGGAUGCUCCCUGGCUGGGUACUGUGCUUCAUGUGGCCUUGGAGUGCUUGCGAGUGUUUGGAACUUUGCUUCAGCCUGUUACUCCAAAUUUAGCAGAUAAGCUGCUGUCAAGACUGGGAGUCUCUACCACAGAGAGAGGCCUUGGAGAGCUCUACUUCCUACCUCGAUUCUACGGACACCCGUGCCCCUUUGAAGGGAGAAAGUUGGGACCUGACACUGGGCUUUUGUUUCCUAGACUGGACCAAUCCAGGACUCGGCUAGUGAAAGCCCACAGAACCUAGGAACUCAGCUCUUACUGAUAGUAAAAGAUCAAAUGUAUUCUUUUUGCAUUUUUAAGUAAAAAGUCAUGUUUAAAGAAUAUGUAUCAAAUGAGCACAUAAACUAUGUCCUUAAGAACAGAACGA